UGAUGGUGAGCUUUCCACUAGACGAUGAGCCAGAUGUAUCUCUGGUUGCAUGGACAACAACUCCUUGGACUCUCCCAAGUAACCUUGCUCUCUGUCUCAACCCAUCUCUCGACUACGUCAAAGUCACAGACAGGGCAACAGGAAAAGUCUAUGUGCUGAUGGAGGCCCGAUUGGAAGCUCUGUACAAGGACCCAGAUGAGUAUGAGAUUCUGAAGCGUUUCAAAGCCAGUGCUCUCAAGGACAAGACAUACAAACCCCUCUUCCCAUAUUAUGAACAUUUGAAGAAGAGAGGAGCAUUUCGUGUCCUGAUAGAUGACUAUGUGACUGAGGAGUCUGGAACUGGUGUGGUGCACCAGGCACCAUAUUUUGGUGAAGAUGACUACCAAGUUGCACUACGAGAGGGUGUGAUUACUGUUGAUAUGGACAUGGUGUGUCCAGUGGAUGACUCUGGUCGAUUCACUCACCCAGUCACAGACUUUGAGGGUCAGUAUGUGAAAGAUGCUGAUAAGGGCAUUAUUGCAUGGCUGAAGACACAUGGACGGCUGGUCCAUGUCAGUCAGGUCAAACACAGCUAUCCAUUCUGCUGGAGAUCUGAGACCCCACUCAUCUAUAGGGCGGUGCCAUCCUGGUUCAUCCGUGUUGCACCAAUGGUCAAUACCCUCCUCCAGACCAACCAGGAGACCUAUUGGGUUCCAGAUUUUGUCAAAGAGAAGAGAUUUGGGAACUGGUUGCGUGAUGCAAGGGAUUGGGCAGUCAGUCGGAAUCGCUACUGGGGAACACCCAUCCCUAUCUGGAUGUCUGAUGAUGGCCAGGAGGUCAUCUGUAUUGGGAGCAUUGCUGAACUCGAACAGCUCACUGGUCAGAAGAUUGCUGAUCUCCACCGGGAAAAUGUGGACAAUUUAACAAUCCCAUCUUCACGCCCAGGACAUCCACCAUUAAGGAGAAUAUCUGAGGUUUUUGACUGUUGGUUUGAGAGUGGUUCUAUGCCCUAUGCUCAAAGUCACUAUCCAUUCGAGAAGCAAAAGGAGUUUGAAGAUUCCUUCCCCGCUGACUUCAUUGCUGAAGGACUGGAUCAGACUCGGGGGUGGUUUUACACACUACUGGUGAUCUCCACACUGUUGUUUGGAAAACCUCCCUUCAAGAAUCUGAUCGUGAAUGGCCUUGUCCUGGCAGCUGAUGGUCAAAAGAUGAGCAAGAGCAAGAAGAAUUUUCCUGAUCCCAUGGUGGUUGUUCAUAAGUAUGGAGCUGAUGCCCUUCGGCUAUACCUCAUCAAUUCCCCUGUAGUCCGUGCUGAGAGCCUGCGCUUCAAAGAGGAUGGCGUGAGAGAUGUCCUGAAGGAUGUCUUUCUUCCUUGGUACAAUGCUUUCCGAUUCCUCAUGCAAAACAUCAAGCGACUGGAACAGGAAGAAGGGAAGAAAUUUGAGUGCCGAGAGCUGGAGCUCCAUGCAUCAACAAACCCUAUGGAUCAUUGGAUCCUGAGUUUCACUCAAUCCCUCCUUGCCUUUUUUCACAAAGAGAUGGGAGCAUAUUGUCUUUACACUGUGGUUCCUCAGUUGGUCAAGUUUGUUGACAAUCUCACGAACUGGUAUGUCCGGAUGAAUCGACGUCGCCUCAAGGGGGAGAUGGGGUUGGAGGACUGUCAUCAUGCAUUGCGGACCCUCUAUAGUGUUCUUUACUCCAUGGUCCGAGUCAUGGCUCCUUUCACACCCUUCUUGACUGAAACCAUGUACCAAGCAAUGCGUCAAUACCUUGAUGAAUCUUUAGCUAGUGUUCACUAUCUCAUGAUCCCCAAGCCCAGAGAGUCAUUGAUCAACAUAGAGACUGAAUGGGCUGUAAGCUGCAUGCAGAGAGUGAUUGAGCUGGGUCGAGUCAUCCGAGAUCGCAAGACACUUCCUGUCAAGUAUCCUCUGCCAGAAGUGGUGGUGAUCCACAGGGAUCAACGUUGUCUGGAUGCCAUCAGCAAUCUUGAAAUGUAUGUCAAAGCUGAAUUGAAUGUCAAGAGACUCACAACAUCCACAGACAAGGAGAAGUAUGGAGUGCAUCUCAGGGCAGAACCGGAUCACAAGGUUCUGGGUCAAAGGCUCAAGUCUGCCUUCAAGGCCAUUGUUGCAGACAUCAAGGAACUGGGAGAUGAUGUCCUCCAAGAGUUCCUGCAGACAGGGAAACUUAUCCUUCAAGGCCAAGAACUAGGCCAUGAAGACCUUCGCAUCAUGUAUGCAUUUGAUAAUGUCAAGGCUGGAGCAGGGAAGUAUGAAGCUCAUGCUGACAGCGAGAUGUUGGUGUUGCUGGAUGUGAGCCCAGACCAAUCAAUGAUGGAAGAAGGGAUUGCAAGGGAGGUGAUAAAUCGCAUCCAGAAACUGCGGAAGAAGGGCAAGCUGAUGCCAUCAGACAUGGUGACGGUAUUCUAUGCGGUCACACCCUCCAACAGCGACCUUCAUAAGAUCAUACCAGCAUAUCUGGACGUGAUAGAGUCCACAACCAAAGGACCAGUGAGACCAAUGGCAUCAAAGAAGGGCAAUGAAAAACUGAAGGGAAGUGAAUUGGAGCUGGUGAUCACCCAAGGGUUGACUUCAGAUUCCUUGUCAGGUGGAAAGGCUGAAGCUGCCAUGCCUUACACAAGAUAUGUGAUGCUGGAAAGCCUAGAGGAUGGAAGGAAAGGAAUGAUCCUUCUGGAGAACCCACUUGGAUCACCUAUCAUCUCCUAUUUUGAUCUAAUGCAUGCAGUCAGAGAGGUGUUUGGUUUGCAGAAACGACCUUUCCACGUUUAUCCUUCUUUAGACAGUCAGCAGGAGUUGCAACCAAAUGAUGUCAGUGAAUCCUUAUCAGGACAAACCCUGUAUGUGGAGAAAGUUGGAUUGAAGCAUCACAAGAGAUCGCUCAGUAAUGAAGCCUCUCCUCCAUGCCGGUAUGUAAAUGUGGAACACAAAGGGCAGAAAGGGACGUUAUUGUUGGAAAACCCACAAGAAGAGAUGCUUUGGAGCCCUCAGCAGCUGAAGAUGUACGUGUCCAUGUUGUUCCUCAUCCCACCAGAGAAACUGCAAUUUGGUCCUCUCCCUAACAAGGAAAACAUAUUUCAACUCCAUCAAAAGACCAUUCAUGUCCAAUGACAUCUGAGUCUCAUCAAGAAGAUAGAAUAAAUAUUCUCUCCAGAG